UAGACUACAGAUGACAAGGUACAAAAUAUGAGCAACAAGAUUAAUUACUGAGUAAAUUUAUUCUUUUUGGUUUGGAGAGGGUGAGGAAACAGGUGGAUGGAUGAUUUAGUACACCAGGAGCCUGAUGCACAGGAAUACUAUUAUCCCUCAACUAAUGGAUCCUGUAUUAAAGGAAAUCAAACCAUUGCAGCUCAGGUCACCUUGUAUAUUUUCUUUGUGACAGGAAUGAUUUUCACAAUUCUUGGGAACUUGGUUGUCAUCAUCUCCAUCGCGCACUUUAAACAGCUUCAUACACCAACAAAUAUACUGGUGAUGUCUUUGGCAGUGGUAGACCUGCUACUUGGAAUGGUUGUGAUGCCCUUCACCAUGAUCAGAUCUGUUGAGGGCUUCUGGUACUUUGGAGAUGCCUUCUGUUUACUGCACUCCAGUUUUGACAUGUUCCUCACUUGUGCAUCCAUUUUUCAUCUGAUUUUCAUUGCCAUAGACCGCUAUCAGGCAGUGUGCAAUCCACUGCAUUAUUCUACAAGGAUAACCAUCCCCAUUGCAUUCCUUAUGAGUGCUCUGAGCUGGAUCAUCGCAGCUGCAUACUCCUACGCUCUUCUUUAUUCAAAGGCAAAUGUAAAGGGCGUGGAAGAUGACGUUGCAUCGAUAAAUUGUUUGGGUGGUUGCGUUCUUUUAUUUAAUGCUGUAUGGGGUCCUCUGGACACCAUGAUUGAAUUUUUUGUGCCUUGUUUUGUUAUGAUGGGUUUGUAUACAAAAAUAUUUUUGGUGGCCAGGGAGCAUGCAAGAAAGAUUGAAGACAUGAAACAUAAAAUACCUGUGAAUGAGGAAAAUAGGAACAAACUUUCUCAACGUUCUGAGCAGAAAGCAGCAAAGACACUGGGGAUUGUUGUGAGUGCCUUCAUUAUUUGCUGGUUGCCGUUCUUUUCAAAUUCAUUAAUUGAUCCUUACACUAACUUUGCCACUCCUCCUAUUGUUUUUGAUGCAUUUGGUUGGCUAGGUUACUUUAAUUCCACUUUAAAUCCUAUCAUCUAUGGAUUAUUUUAUCCUUGGUUCCAAAAAACAUUGAAGCUCAUUAUUACGUUAAAAAUAUUCACUCCACAUUCCUCAAAUAUCAAUGUAUUUUCUUAAAGGUGAUUGUCUGUAAGGUUACAGUAAACAAAAAUGCAGUCUAAUGAGCUUCCCUUUAUCUUUAUCUUGUAGAGCUUUAUUAAAGUGGAAUUCAUAAUACCAGCCUUGCAUUAAUUAUCUACUGGUUCUUAUUUAAACAAGUCAAAUAUAUGGGAUUUUAUCAGUGUAUAGCUGAGAUGCUACAUUAUUUCAAAAUUCAUCAGACAUUCUGCACAUAUU